CACACUAACAGCAACACACUUUAUUUCACCUGCGGAUGGAUUUAAAAAGACGAAUCAAGUGGAGCCGAACAUUCACCUGGAGGACAUGAAUCCGCCGUGAACUCCUCCGCGUGAUGUUUAUGACUCUGACCGGAUUAAUGACCAGUUUGGCGUUAACAUCUCACUCCCGGAGGAUAAUGUGGAUUAUUACCUUUUCCACUUUAAACCUAUUUUGAAGCACGUUCGUGAAGGGGACGCCGGUGUUUACAUUUGACAGGUGAACACGUUGAACUUGACGGGGAUAAAUACUUGGACUACCUGCUGGUGCUGGAGGAUGGCCUGUUGGAAGGAGGGCGCCGCUCUCCUGCUGGUUCUGCUGAUUCUGCUCGACCUACAGCCGGUCACCGGGCGAUUGUCUCGCCACCGCAGCUUGAGACGUCAAACUAGAGGGUACCACAAACACCGGGCGCCCCAGAACAUCACGCUGGCCGUCAUUUUACCACAGAACAACACGGACUACCCGUGGGCUUGGCCUCGCAUCGGCCCCGCCCUGGAGAGAGCCGUCAAAACCGUCAACGCCGACCCCACGCUGCUCCCCGACCACCACCUCAUCUACGUUUUCAAGAGCAGCGAAGACGAGAACGGCAUCUGCUCCGAGUCCAUUGCCCCGCUCAUGGCCGUGGACCUUAAAUUUGCGUACGACCCGUGGGCUUUCAUCGGGCCCGGCUGCUCCUACGCCUCCUCCCCAGUCGGCCUCUUCACCACCCACUGGGACGUUCCCAUGGUUACAGCGGGCGCCCCCGCCGUCGCCUUUUACGGCGGAGUCUACUCGUCCAUCACCAACACGGGCCCCACCCACAAGAAGCUCGGGAAGUUUGCCCUGCGGAUCUGCGAGCACUUUGGGUGGCGGGAGCACGUGAUGCUCAUGUUCAGUGACAGCAAACAGGGCGAUCGGCCAUGUUACUUUGCCGUGGAGGGAUUGUACACGGAGCUGAAGAGCAUCAACAUCACGCUGGUGGACCGAGUGUUUGAGGAGAACAAGCUGCCGGUCAACUACUCGCAGAUCCUCUCCGACAUUCAGAACGACGGCCGAGUGAUGUUUGUCUGCUGCUCUCCCGACAUCUUCAGGAAGUUGAUGGUCGAGUUCCGGCAGGCAGAUCUUCCUCACGAGCAGUACGUCUUCUUCUACAUCGACGUGUUCGGAGACAGUCUGAAAUCCACACACGGACAGCCGUGGGCCCGCGGGGACGAGGACGAUGCCGUCGCCAGAGACGCCUUCCAGAGCGUGAAGAUCCUGACGUACCGAGAGCCUCAGAACCCCGAAUACAGAGCGUUUGUGAACAACCUGAAGACUGACGCCAGGAACAUGUUCAACUACACCAUCGAGGACUCCCUGAUGAACAUCAUCGCCGGAGGAUUCUACGACGGUUUGAUGCUCUACACUCACGCUCUGAACGAGACCAUGUCGCUGUCCGCCGGCCGGCCUCCGGGGAAAGUCGUCACCCAGAAGAUGUGGAAUCGAACGUUCCUCGGUGUGACGGGACUCGUCCACCUGGACGAGAACGGAGACAGAGAGACGGACUUCGCUCUGUGGGACAUGAUCGACACCAACACCAGCGCCUUCCAGGGCAUGCUGUUCCUCCACAACAGCGUCAUCCUCUCUCACGGGAAACUCAAGUCGUCCAACUGUGUCGUGGACAACCGCUUCGUCCUGAAGAUCACAGACUACGGUUUGUCCAGCUUUCGUACUGAGAGCGACGCAGGAAAAGACGCUCACGCCUACUACGCCCAGAGGCUGUGGAUGGCGUCAGAGCUGCUCAGGAUGGAGACUCCUCCUCCUCAGGGAACUCAGAAAGGAGACGUCUACAGCUUCGGCAUCGUUCUCCAGGAGGUGGCGCUGCGCCGAGGAGCCUUUUACCUGGAGGGAGAGCCACUCAGCCCUAAAGAGAUCGUGGACCGGGUGGUUCUGGGCGAGUGGCCAUGCCUCAGACCGACCAUCGACCCCCAGAGUCACAGCCCUGAGCUGGGUCAGCUGAUGCAGCGCUGCUGGGGCGAGGAGCCGACGGAGAGACCAGAGUUCAACCACAUCCGGCUGCUGCUGCGCAAACAGAACAAGGAGUCGAGGACCAACAUCCUGGACAACCUGCUGUCCCGUAUGGAGCAGUAUGCCAACAACCUGGAGGAGCUGGUGGAGGAACGAACACAAGCGUACCACGAAGAGAAACGCAAAGCUGAAGCACUGCUGUACCAAAUACUACCACAUUCCGUAGCGGAGCAGUUGAAGCGAGGUGAGACGGUUCAGGCCGAGGCCUUUGACUCGGUCACCAUCUACUUCAGUGACAUCGUGGGUUUCACAGCGAUCUCUGCAGAGAGCACGCCGCUACAGGUGGUGACUCUGCUCAACGACCUCUACACCUGUUUCGAUGCCAUCAUCGACAACUUUGAUGUUUACAAGGUGGAGACCAUCGGCGACGCCUACAUGGUGGUGUCGGGACUGCCGGUGAGGAACGGGAAGCUGCACGGCAGAGAGAUCGCCCGCAUGGCGCUCGCCCUGCUGGACGCCGUCCGAACCUUCAAGAUCUGCCACCGAUCAGAACAGCAGCUGAAACUGAGGAUAGGGAUCCACAGCGGUCCGGUGUGUGCAGGAGUGGUGGGUCUGAAGAUGCCACGUUACUGUCUGUUCGGCGACACCGUCAACACGUCGUCGCGCAUGGAGUCCAGUGGUGAAGCGCUGAAGAUCCACGUGUCGGCGGCGACUCACGACGUCCUGCUGGAGUUCAACUGCUUCCAGCUGGAGCGGAGAGGAGAGAUCGACGUGAAGGGCAAAGGCAAGAUGACCACCUAUUGGCUGCUGGGAGAGAGCGACAGCCAAUGACGAAACACCGUGGACGAGGAGGACGACGGGGGAAAGGAAAGAAGGAGCGAAUUAAAGGCAGGAAGUAGAGAUGUCCUCGUCGUCCCGCCACAGGACUCGUCUCCUCCUGGUUGUUUCUCAUUGGUUGAUUCAGACUUCACAACGCGGAGGGAAACCCUGAGGGAGAAGUGAAGAAGAACUCGUGGAGCGAUGGAGCAGAGAGAUGCGAAGAUGAAGAACUUUCCACUGCGGGUUCGUCUGCUGCAGGUUUUACGUCAAACCUUCGCGCUCCACUCGACAGGAUCAGGGGGAGAGUGUAUUUUCGGAGCGACGGCCGUUUGUUUCUACGGUGAGGACCUGUCGGACUAACGGGCUUUCAGAAUAAUGGCUUGUCUCCAAGUUAGCGUCGAGCGCCACUUCACUAAAGUCCAUCGCAACUUUUCACGGGACUUUCCAGCUGAACUAACAAAGCCCUUCGCCGAUGGCGGGAUUGUAAAAGAUGCGAUGAGUGCGGUGGCUGAAACGUUAUUAAAGCACCGUAAAUGUAGGACAGGAACUGUGUCUGCUAUUACAGAUGUACCACCUGUACGGAAGCCCUGAAUGGCCACGGCUGGAACAUUUUAUUAAGUGAUCAUACGUUCUUCUCAUUAUUCAUGUAAUUAUCUUAAAAUAACAAAUGUUGUUUUCCCGAGAUAACAGGAUCAUGACAUAAUUAAUAUGAUAUCAUAAAUUAAACGUAAUAUGCCUUUAUCUCGUUAUCUCUGGAAAACAACAUUUGUUAUUUCAAGACAAAUACAUGAAUAACUAAAUGUAAUUGUUAAAUUAAUACAAUGUUUGAACAAUGGCCGUUUAGGGUUUCCAUACUUGCAGAUUCAGAUUAAUAAUAACAAAUAAAAUAUGAUUCAUUAUACGUUAAGAUAAGGAGGAACAUUCCCACGCCAGCAGUGUAUCACAUAGUUAAAAACAGCCAAAAUCAAAAAGAUAUAUGUAUUAAAAUGUUUGAACCAUGGCCGUUUAAGGCUUCUGUAACUUGGUACUAUGAGAAGCUUUCGGCCAUUUUCAUUUUGUCAAAUGAUCUCAGAGGAGAAAGGUUUGGAGAGCCCUGCUCUAAAGAGACAUCACAGCUGCUCAUCUAUAACCUGCUAUCGUUUCUACAGCGUCAGACUCUGUUAGUUUUGUGCUGUCCAUCACUUUGAAAUAGUUUGUAUCUUGUUUUCCUGUCGGUGUUGCACCUCCCUGCAUUAGGCUAAAGGUUAGCUUCACCAGCAGCGUGUGUUUGUUUGUACUGAAUAAAGUUGUGGAUUGCAGGCUGCA